UAUACAUGAUUCAACUAGCAUGGUGUAUCUCGUCAAACUUUUUUAGUACUAGUAAUUAUAUUUGUUAAGUGUGGUGUAUCUUUUAAGUCGCUAACUAAUUGCAUUAGUUAUCACGCAAUGUAUCACAUGGCUCAUUUCAGAUAGUCCUCUUGAAGACAAUUUUUACUAUAAUUGUUGACAUUUCCUUCCCGUCCCAUCAAGGAGCAGCCGGGGGCAGGUACACACAUUAAAUUGUAGCUUUACUAACAAUAUAAAUUACUGUAUGGUAAUCUUUUAACCUACGAUCUAUUUUCUAUUACAUACAUGUCCGAUGUUAAAAACGAUGAUGAUUAUGCAAAAGAGGAACUAUAAGACAAGAGACGAGUACAUAUAGCAUGUAGAAUUUUGCAUGGUUUGUAAUUUUGUUCAUAUAAAGUAUGUUUUGUCAUUGGAAAUUUGGUGUUGGAGCCUUGGAGGCUUUCCGUGGUUGUAUGAUUAUUAUUGUUUUUACUUUGAACAACAAUUAUGAUUUGAUUAUUAUUGUUAUUUCGUAAAAUGUGUGUGUUUAGAUGAAUAAGAGACCCAAUGACACAUAUUGCUAUCAAAUAUAAUCCAAUAUACAUGACAUAAUUAUACUAGGAGGUCUGAUCAUUAACAUUAUAGAUGUGUGUAUCUUUCAUGGCGGCCCGACCAAACAAAGAAGUAGAUCAACCAAGAAGCUGAGAAAUUACGAAGCUCCGGUUUUGAUUGCCUACUUUCUCCACGAUUCUUGGCCAAGCCUAUCUAAACAUCCACGUGUCCGUUCCUUAUUUCUCCUGAAUUAAAGAUUUAAUCAACCGAAGAUUUGUUUUUGUAUUGAAAACUGAUGCUAAUCAAAUCAGAUACAAAUGGUUUUUGAUUUUUAUUUAAUGAGAGAAAUCUAAUUGCAUAAGUACAAAGAGAGCCGUAGAAAAGAAGACAUUUUAAAGAAAUAAACAAUAAAAAUGUUUUUUAAAAAAUAAACAGAAAUUAUUAAUUUAAAUACUCAACCAUUUCUCUUUAUAGUCUCCUUAGAAAGAAAACCAUUUCAUCAUUUUCUUCUCUUUAUUGUUUCCCUCUAUUUCUACUUCUUGUUUAUGCAUAUCUCCGUCCAAGACUCUCCGGUAAUGAAAGAGAUCUCACGGCGGAGCAAGAAGACUUCCGUUGAGGACAAAACCACAGAUGAGUCAUCAGCAUCAUCGGUAGUCGUUAAAACUAAACGAAAACGCCAAUCGCAACCGCGAGACGCUCCUCCACAACGCAGCUCUAUGUAUAGAGGAGUCACCAGGCAUAGAUGGACUGGAAGGUACGAAGCGCAUUUGUGGGAUAAGAAUAGUUGGAACGAGACUCAAAGCAAGAAAGGAAGACAAGUAUAUUUAGGUGCAUAUGACGAGGAAGAUGCAGCAGCACGUGCCUACGACUUAGCAGCAUUGAAAUAUUGGGGACGAGACACAGUCUUGAACUUCCCUCAGUGUAACUAUGAAGAAGACCUCAAAGAAAUGGAUAGCCAGUCGAAGGAAGAGUAUAUUGGAUCUUUAAGAAGGAAAAGUAGUGGGUUUUCGCGUGGUGUGUCAAAAUACAGAGGCGUUGCAAAGCAUCACCAUAAUGGGAGAUGGGAAGCUCGAAUAGGAAGAGUGUUUGGCAAUAAGUAUCUAUACCUCGGAACAUAUGCUACACAAGAAGAAGCGGCCAUUGCCUAUGACGUGGCAGCAAUCGAGUACCGUGGACUUAACGCCGUUACCAACUUCGACAUAAACCGUUAUCUCAAACUGCCGGCGCCGGAGAGCCCUAUCGACGCCGCGAACAUCCCGCAUUCCGAUCCCAGCCCGUUUAUAAACCCCGACCACGAGUCGGCACCGUCGCAGAGCCAAUCCUCCUCCGACGAAAACGAUGACCGGAAAACGAAGUUCCUAAAGUCUUCGCCUUGCUCGAACGCAGAGGAGGUGGUCGGACCAUCGACGCCGCCGGAGAUCGCUCCGUCUCGCCGGAGCUUCCCGGACGAUAUACAGACGUAUUUCGGGUGUCAAGACUCAGGGAAGGUGGAAGAUGAUGACGUCAUCUUCGGUGGUUUAGAUUCUUUCCUCACGCCUGAUUUCUACAGCGAGUUGAAUGAUUGCUAAACAAAAAAAAUGGAUUUGAUAAGUUUUGUUUUUAGUAUUAUUCUUUCUUUUGUGACAAUCUUAUAUAAUAAAGUUUGAAUCUUUUUUAACACUUUCAAAGAUUCGUUUUCGUU